AUGUCUCUUGGUCAGGGCUCCUGGAAAGGCGUUGGAUUUGGUGUUUGGUGCGAUAGCUGGGGAAGGGUUACCAUGCAACCAGGUGGUCAACAAUUUAACAAACGGAGAUGCACAGAUCGAGCUAGAGAAAUCCACUAUGUGGUUGAAUAUGCAGAGCUGGGGAUGGUGGCCCAGGAAAAUGGAACGCAAAACCUCCCUGAAAAGAAAAGGAAUAAUUCCCCGGAUUGGCUGUUGAUGUGGAAGGCACUUGUGACAGCACAAACGUUUGCUUUUGGGUGCAAACAAAAGGAGGAGCCUCAGAACGCUGCUGCCAGCAUCAUGCGUCCAGCUGAAAUGAUAUCUGAGCAGAAAGUGGGUCGAAGCUCUGCCGACAACCAGUCCACGUUGGCAGAUGCUGUUGCCAGAGGAAAUCUAGCGCAAAGUUGGUAUUAA